AUGAGGAUGACCGAGGAUGACGCAUGCGGCGAGAAGCGCGACACUGCUGCUGCUGCUGCUGCUGCUGCUGCUCCUGUUGCUGCCGCCGCAGCUCCAGCUGCUGCAGCUGUAGUGGCGGCUCCUGCGGAUGCGGAGACUGCCGCCACGGCCCAGCCUUGCGCGACCGGGCUGGGUUUUAAGGAUCUCCCGCUGAAGGUAGGCAUCACGGCGCAACGAUUCGGCGACUGGUGCGAGUCAUUCCGCUACAUUCCGGCGGUGCAAGAGCGCAUUCGGCAGAUCGACAGCGGAGCAACCGUGGAGCUUUUGACUUACAACCACGAAUUUCUCCGCUUCUUCAUGGCGCCGAGUGCAACACGCGAAGCACUGAAGACGUGCAGGCCUGUCAUCGCACUGGACGGGACUUUCCUGAUCCGUGCUCAGAAGGCUACUCUGCUGUACGCCAACGCGAUGGACGGCAAUCAGCAGAUCAUCCCCAUCGCGUGGGCGCUCGUAGAGAGCGAAACCAAGGACACAUGGACUUGGUUUUGCCGGCUCUUUGAUAAGCACUGCUCCGACUGGAAGGGACGGGACGACGCGGCCAUCAUCAGCGAUCGGGACAAAGGUCUCAUCCCGGCGGUGAAGGAAGUGUUCCCUGAGGUGGCGCACUACUUCUGUGGGUGGCACAUGCAGCAGAACGUGAAGCGGUUUGGGAAGACUUCCGCGGACAUGUUAUGGCGGCUUUUGACAGCCCGGUCUUUGGACAAGCGUGGAAUCGUAGUACAGCAAUCUUCGAUCGGGCAGACAAUUUCCGUGACUGGCUACUCUGGCGACUCGAAAAUCCCCCCGCUCGUCUCAGAUGCCCCACUUGAGCGUAAACUGCAGCAGCAGAGGGUGCCGAAACAGAAGCCGGUGCCGCAGAAGCCGGUGACGCUGCCACAGCAGAAGCCGGUGCCGACACGGCGGCCGGUCCCGGCCGUGGUGAAGCCUGCCGCGCAGGUGCAGCAGCCGGCGGCGGUGCAGCAGCCUGCAGUGGUGCAGCAGCCGGCGGAGGGGCAGCAGCAGGGGACGGAGGGGCAGCAGUCUGCGACGGAGAAGUCGGAAGCGCAGAAAAUUAGCCGACGAUCAGGCGGCCCUCGAAGCGUGGAUCCAGGCGGACAAGAAGGCGCUGGAUGA